UCAGCUGCCAUGGCUAUGUCAUUACGUUAUCCUAUCUAUUGUCAAAAGUUAAGACAUUCAAACAUUUACCAGCAUUCAAAAAUAAUAUUUCAGUUAAGGCGUCAAGAGUGCAAUAAAUUUUACUCAACUGCCAGAAAUUUGUCCUCAAACCUCUUGAAUUCAUCAACAAAAGGAGAGCUACAAUUCUUCACUGGACUGAGCAGAUGCGCAGUUCAUGCUGGAAGGACUAAUAGAUUUCACACAUCAGUUUUUAAUCUUACAGACAAGAUUAAGAUCAGCUUCAAGACAGAGAAUGAUACAGUCACUUUAGCAGGCUCCGAAGGGGACUCGCUGCUUGAUAUUGUCAACAACAACAACUACCAGAUUGAUGGCUAUGGAGCGUGUGACGGGACGGUUGCUUGCUCCACCUGCCACGUCGUACUCGACCAGGCCACCUUUGAUGCCGUCAACAAGGGCAUCACAGAAGAAGAGAAGGACCUCCUGGACAUGGCAUCUGAUGUUGAAGCCACCUGCGGCUCGUCUCUCUCUCUGGCCGGAUGUGGCUUCCUUGCGCCCUAUGUUCUUGGUGCGGUCACUUGCUUGAGAGAAGCAAACUUUUGUCCCGAUGUCUCAAAAGGAAUGCAGUUAAAGUCCCCUGCCACCAAAAAUACUACCGUCCAGUAUUCACUUCCAAAAUUAACUCCUGACGCGCGAAUGUCCUCUAAGGGUAAUGCUAAUUCACCGAAUAGAAGUUCAUACGAGCACUUUCAUGGUAAAGGAAAAACAUGGAUACCAGAUCGCCAUUUAGGUGCAACUCUUCAGACCUCGGCUGAUCAACUCUACGGGAUAGAAAACUUUCAAGGCGCUGCGCCUGCGACGCCUGAAGUGGCUCAAUCUUCGUAUGGACCUUCAGUUUCCUUGGUGAAAACUGCACGUGGUGAGUGUGUGCCUCGUGCUGCCACUACGGGAAGCUUAGAGGCCUGGAGAGUGGCCGGAGCAUCAGCAGGAGCUCUACUUGGAGCCGCCCUCAUGGCAGGAUCCCCUUCUUUAGACGUACUAUGGCAGACAUUCCUGAUGGCUGCUAACGACUCAACUCGUUUUGUGAUUGGACCGUUCAGUCGCAAGUUCCUUAUGGAGAAAUACAUACGUGAUGCCAUGCAGGACCUGCCUAACGACGCGCACUUGUCACUUUCUGGGAGAUUCUUUGUGUCGCUCACAAACGCCAAGACGGGGGAAAAUAUCAUUGUCUCUCGCUGGGAAUCUACUGAGGAGUUGGUCGACUGCUUGGUAUGUUCUUCUUACAUCCCUGCGUUCUCCGGCGGAAACAUACCUCUGUUCCGAGGAGUACAGUACAUUGAUGGCGGAUUCUCCAAUAAUCAGCCUAGGCCUUUUGCACCUUGCCUUUGUAUCUCACCUUUCGCUGGACGAGCUGACAUAAGUCCCAGAGAUGCUGCUGGGUGGGGCCGUUACGUUAGGUUCGCCAAGGCAGAUCUUCUGCUAUCCAAAGAGAAUUUCACGCGAUUUUAUCGCUCGGUUAUGCCACUGAAAACUGAACAGCUCUACCAGCUUUACUGGCAGGGCUAUAGAGACGCUGAAUUUUUCUUGGAAACACGAGUGCAUCGGAAUAGUGGUAAUCUUAAGAAUACAUUCACUAGUCAUUGACCAAAGUAUUGCGUUUUAUCUGAGAAACACGUAGAGUUACGGCUUUUUGACGAGUAAAAUUAGUGGACAGAACUAUACCGUAUUACCAGUGGUGGGCACGGUCCGGUAAUUCGCUAACUGCUAAUUAGCGAAGCUGACGCUUUCCUUAGCCGUGAUGGCUGACUACAACAUAUGUAUGUCAACUAAUCACGUCUUGUGUAACCUAUCACGUCUCUUGU